UGUUAUUCUAAAUUCAUUUUUCUAAAAAAAAAAACCCUUGCUUAAAAACUUUGAAUUGAAGUCCUUUGAAGGAACACCAGAGAGAAAAUCUCUCAUGCCAUACCCCAUGCCAUUGAUACACAUAUUGCUUUCAUAUCUUCCCAGUUAGAUGGAUUAUAAGGAAUAUGCUGAAGAAGUCUCAGCAAAAAUAUUUUCCUAUCUCCAUGAUACAGAAGGAUGGAAAGUGGUAAAAUCUACGAAAUAUAUGAAUGUCAUUGCCAAACCUUCACCAGAAUUUCCAGGACUCCUAUACCGGGCUGAAGUGUCGCUGGAGAUCCCCCCUGACAAAUUAUUCCCUUUUCUUUACCUGCCUGAGUAUCGCGGCAAGUGGGACAAAUCGUUGCAGUCCUAUACCUUGGUGGACUGCAUUGACGAGGACACCUUUAUUUAUCGCAGUAUUACCCACAGUUACGGCUUUGGAAUGGUUUCACCAAGAGAUUUUGUAUAUAUGCUGCACUUAAAAACCUAUGAUGAAAAUUUAAUGACAACAAACUCCAGCAGUGUGGUUUAUCCUGAUUUACCUCCAACUCCAGAUUAUAUUCGGGGCACGACUUUCUCUUCCGGCUACGCCUGUCUUCCUCUACCAGAGAACCCAGAACACACCAAACUUAUGAUGAUCAUCCAGGUGGAUUUGGGAGGCUUUCUACUGCCUUCGGUGAUCAAUUCCAUUAUGCCCAUGACCCUGAUGAACUUUGUGACCGAUUGCAAGAGUGGAUUAAAGAUGUUAACACAAACGACGACAUAAAAACCCGGCCAGAGGGUGCAAGGAAGCUUGUCCUCAAUACACAGCAGGCCCACGUUUGGUUUAAUGUCAAUAAGAGAUAGGCAAGGUUUUUCAGGGUUGAGAACUUCACUCAACAUUUGGGGGGGAGGGAUGCAAAAUAGAUUUUUGUUUCCCCCCCUCCCUUUUCCAGCCCCUUCCCUCCAUGUUCGGAGAAAAGGAUAUUGUCAGUUUGUAAAAAUCUGUAGAGAUUUUUAGUCAUCCAGGUCAUCAUUGUACCAAAGGUGCUUUUUCAGGAGUUUUG